AUGGAACUACGAAGAUUUUUAAAACUGGUAUAUAGUACUCCCUAUAAUAAAUUAAAUAGGGUAUAUCAAAUUCAAAAAUAUAUACUAUUUUCUCUGGAAAUAUAUAGAAUAUUUUCUAAUAAAUAUAACAAUUUUAGUGGUAUUUCAGAUAUAAAAUUAAGAAAUAGAUUUGAACCGCAUAAUUUCACUAUCUCUUUACAAAAUAUAAAUAGUAUAACAUGCUCAGAUGUAUAUAUCGGAGAUACAAGAUCAAAUAAAGCGCAAAGUAAUAAAACUAAAAUAGUAGAUAUAGAAGAAAAUGAGCUAAAAAAAGUUCGAAUAGUUGAUACUUCAAAUAUAACAACUCCAGUCUUAAGACUCUCAAGAAAAUACAACUCUAAACAUAUAAGCCCAAGUGAUAUAGUACAGUAUUUGGAUGAAUAUAUUAUUGGGCAAACAAAGGCUAAAAGAGCAGUGGCUAAUGCUCUAAUUAACAGAUUAAGAAGAAAAAAAAUUAAAGAUGUUUCUUUACGUAGUUCUAUUAUUCCGAAGAAUAUUCUAUUAAUAGGGCCAACGGGUGUAGGCAAGACAGAGAUAGCAAGGAGAUUAUCGCAAUUUGUUGAUGCACCAUUUAUUAAAGUAGAAGCCACAAGAUUUACAGAAGUAGGCUUUCAUGGUAAAGAUGUUGAUAAUAUAAUAAAAGAUUUGGCUGAAAUAUCGUUGAAAAGACAGAAGCUUAAAUUACAAAGUGAAAUGAGAGAGUUUGUGGAAAAAAUUGUUGAAAAGAAACUUUUGGAAGCUAUAUUAAUAUCAUUAUCAAUAUCACCUAGUUCUAUUAGCACAAAUGAAUGGUUUUUUUGGUUACAACACAUUCGUCAUGGAUAUUUAAAUGAUAAAGUUAUCGAUAUUUGUAUUCCUGAUGGUUUACAUUUAAAUAAAUAUAAAUCCAUAUGUAAUCUUAAUGAAUAUAGCAAAGAUAAUAAUGGCAUCUUUAACUUUAAUUUUAGUGAUGAUGUUUAUAAUAUAGAUAGUAAUAAUAUAGAUGAGAAAAGUAGUAUAACUACUAAUUAUUUCACUAAUAGACAUUCAGGUAACUUAAAAUACUCUAACAAUAGUGUGGAAAAUCAAGUUUCAAAUCAUAUAAAGGUAACUGUUGCAGAGGCUCGCAGUAUCUUAAUUCAAAAUGAAAUCAAUUCAAUACUACUUCAAGAUUCAGAAUUUUUAAUGAAAAGAGCAAUAGAAAGUACUGAACAAGAAGGGAUCGUUUUUAUUGAUGAAAUCGAUAAAAUUUGCAUAAAACGAAAUAGCCACUUUAAUGGUCCAGAUGCAUCUUCUGAAGGAGUACAAAGGGAUUUAUUAUCAUUAAUUGAAGGUACAGUAGUAGCAACAAAAAUUGGAGAUGUAAAAACGGAUGAUAUUUUAUUUAUAGCUAGUGGUGCUUUUCAUAAUGUAAAAUCAAGUGAUAUGAUUGCAGAGUUGCAAGGGAGACUACCAAUUAAAGCUGAGUUAGAGGCAUUAGUAUAUACAGAUUAUAUAAGAAUACUAAAAGAACCAAAGUAUAGUUUGUUAAAACAAUAUUCAGCUUUAUUGGAUGCUGAAAAUAUAUAUUUAACAUUUACUGAUGACUCGAUUGAAGAAAUGGCAAGAAUUGCAUUUGAAUUAAAUAGUUAUACAGAAAAUAUUGGAGCAAGAAGACUUCAUAUGAUAGUAGAAGCAGUAACAGAAGAUAUAACAUUCAAUACUGAUAAGUAUCAACUAAAUUCAAUUAUCUUUAUAGAUAAAAGUUAUGUAAUUAAUCAGUUGAAUUCAUUAAUUCUUCGAUAUGACCUACAAAAGUAUAUAUUAUAG